AUGUUGCAUUUUGACUCAAAGGAAGAUGCAAAUGUUCAUAAUGAGCUGGCAGAACAAGGGGAAUUACAGGAAUCAUGCCGCAGGUUGCGAGAAGAAUAUACUCAAACAAAAAGAUAUCUACAUGAUUUGAAGGAAAAGGUUCCAAUGGUUCACGUGAUUAUCAGCUUUCAAAAACAACUGGGAAUUGACAGAUCUAAUUCAACUUCCCUGGACGAACCAAUACAACAGCUUGGCAGGAUCCUAUCAGAGAUUAGAAGAGUAGAAGCUUCCAUGAUUGAUAUUGAGGCAGGCAAAAAUGCCCACAUUCUUGUAGAUAAGCCACAUCAAUGA